AGUCUUUUGGCUGCAUGUCGAAACGAAUCAUUCUGAAGUGUGAGAUGAAAGAGAGCCAGACUGCGUUCUCCCAGCUUGUGUGUAUAUUUCUAAAACCGUGACCUUAGAAAUGCUGCAUCAGUGUGAGAACUGUUGUUUCUGGGCGGUGCGAAACAGAGCAGAACACAUCAGAGUGCACAGCAGAGCAGAGAGUGGCAGGAACAUCCGCUGCUGGAGGGAUCAAAUCUGUGCCAUCUGACGCUCAAGGAUUUAUGGGUUUAGUCAAAAUUGCUUUUCCCACUGUGGAGAUUAAGCACCGUAGGAUGUUUUCCACUCGGGCCGCAGAAUAGAUGAGUGUGUGUAGCUGCUGUUUUCUUCUUCCCCUUAUCAGCUGAGGUGCCGGAAACGGGAAUGUCUCAGGAAGGCGGUGUGCUCGGAGCCCUGCAGGGGUCUGGAUUCUGACUGACAGGAGAGGUGCGUCCUCUGGGGAAUGUGAACCAUGCAGGUGGAUGCUGUCCUUGUGCUGUGCUGCGUUUGCCUCGUGGUGGGUGUGGCUGCCCAGUCGCGGGGUCACAAACUGGACACCUACAAACAAAGCAGGUCACGCAGAGAUACCAGAGUGGAUGGAGGAGGUGGUGGAGGUGCAGGUCAGAAGUCUGGAAGCCCGAUUUACAAACGAAGCUCUGACAUGACAAAAUCGCCAGUGACAAAAUCUGAGCAGCUCCUGAGAAUCGAAGACCACGAUUUUACAAUGAGACCAGCGUUUGGAGGUCCUCCGAUUCCAGUUGGAGUAGAUGUUCAGGUUGAAAGUUUGGAUACCAUCUCAGAAGUGGAUAUGGACUUUACAAUGACACUCUAUCUGCGUCACUACUGGAAGGAUGAGCGGCUGGCAUUUCCCAGCACUAACAACCAGAGCAUGACCUUUGACAGCCGCCUGGUGAAGAAGAUUUGGGUUCCUGACAUGUUCUUUGUCCACUCCAAACGCUCCUUUAUCCACGACACCACAACUGACAAUGUCAUGCUGAGGGUUUAUCCUGAUGGUAACGUCCUCUACAGUCUCAGAGUCACUGUCACCGCCAUGUGCAACAUGGACCUCAGCCGCUUCCCUCUGGACACCCAAACCUGCUCGCUGGAGAUUGAGAGUUAUGCGUAUACUGAUGACGACUUGAUGCUGUACUGGAAGAAAGGCAAUGAGUCCCUGAACACAGAUGACAGGAUAUCUCUGUCACAGUUCCUCAUCCAGAAGUUCCACACUACGACCAAAUUGGCUUUCUACAGCAGUACAGGCUGGUACAAUCGUUUGUAUAUUCACUUCACCCUCCGGCGCCACAUCUUCUUCUUCCUGCUGCAGACAUACUUCCCGGCCACUCUGAUGGUCAUGCUGUCCUGGGUGUCAUUCUGGAUCGACCGCAGAGCUGUACCCGCCAGGGUUCCUCUAGGCAUCACCACAGUGCUGACCAUGUCCACCAUCAUCACCGGGGUAAAUGCCUCAAUGCCUCGCGUCUCCUACAUUAAGGCGGUGGACAUUUACCUCUGGGUCAGUUUUGUCUUUGUCUUUUUGUCAGUGAUAGAGUAUGCGGCGGUCAACUACCUCUCCACCGUGCAGGAGAGGAAGGAGAGAAAACUGAGAGAGAGAUUACCAUGUACAUGUGGUAUUGGAAACCCAGAUGAGAUGAUAAUCGACUCCCAAAUCACCGGGUAUGGGUCGAUGGAUGUCAACACUACGGGGACUUGUGGUUUGCCGGACAAUGACAGCCGUCAGGAGAGAAUGUUAGCCCAGGUGGCACUGAAUGACCCGCAGAUCACAAGCCAGGUGAAGGCAUCCAGAAGCUACGUGAACAUCUGGAUAGACACCCACGCCAUAGACAAGUACUCGAGAGUCGUCUUUCCUGGAGCGUACAUCCUUUUUAAUGUCAUCUACUGGUCCGUCUACUCGUAACCUUGAGUCAAAGAACACGUCCGCAAAGAUACUUUAGACUCAUUUGUAGGGAGCGAAAGAGACUACAUUACCCAUUUCACUUGAGAAUGCGGGGACCACUGCUGGAUGGGACCAUUGCCUUCUUGACCCAGCCACUUAAAACUCAGUUUUAAAAGAACGAUUGACUCUUUUACGGUUUCAUGUUGCAACUACAAUGCAGAUGAAUGACACAGUCCACGUCUGCUACUUUUUCUUUCUCGAGCAGCAUUCCGAAAAGAAAUGCUGCGUACUUUCACAAGCAUUGUGAAUGUUGCAUGUGUUGAAAUUCAUCCCUGUCUCCUGAAUAUGAACUACAUGACUCUGUGAUGUACAAAAAAUUGGACAAACCUGAUAGUCUGACUGCUUUUCAUCUUCAAGAGGAUUUUUCCUUUUCAGCGCAAGUGUGUGAUUAUAUAUGUGUUAGAUGUAAUCCUGUAUCAGUGCAAUUAUUUUGCACUGACAAUGUGAUUU